AUGGGUGGCCUUUUCUCCAGGAACUCGGUGGUUCCCCACCAGCCCCUCUCCAUUGUCGCGGCCAGUGCAGUGCCUCAAAACACGAAGACCAAGAGAAACAAGCAUCACAAAUUCAACACCUUGGUACCAGAACCACAAGGGCCUGCUCAUGCUUCACAGACCUCAACUCAAAACCCAGCCGCCUCCAAGUUUUCAGCAAGCAAUGAACCUCUGACUCGUGCUGACCUCCGGGUGCAGUUUCUCAAGGCUGUGAAGCGUGGUAACGUUGCCGAGAUGGCUGACUUAUUGCAGCGGUACCAACAGCCAAGGUCACUGAGCCCAGACUCGCACGAGGAUGAGAGAGAAGAAGGCAUCGAAGAGUUGGUCAACAUCCGAGGCAUGUGGGAAAGCACUCCGCUCAUCUCGGCUACGCAGUACGCGCACUGUGAAGCUGCGCUGUGGUUGCUGAGUCACGGUGCCAAGCCGCACGCUAGCAACGAGAAAUCCGUGACGGCGCUCUUGCUGGCUAGUCUGGAGGGUCUGACUCCUGUCGUUGUGGAGCUUCUUAGAACCGUGAAACAACCAACAUCAGAAGUGCCGACAAUCGACAAGCAAGUCGGCGUUGUGUACAAUCCGGCUGCAGACGUCAACGUACGCUUAAGCCCUCUUUUAGCAGCGAGCAUGAACGGCCACGUUGAAAUAGCUAGACUCUUACUGGACCACGGCGCUACUGUGAACCAGCAAGUACUGACCACGGUUGGCGCAGGAACAUCAGCGAGCACCACUUUUUCCCGGGGAUCAUCAGCUUUACUACUUGCUUCGAGAUAUGGACAUGGUGAGGUGGUGGCUCUACUUCUACAGCGAAAAGCAGACUAUACUUUGGUAGACGAAACAACAGAUUCUUCACCGUUGUUGUCAGCAUGCGAGCAUGGCCACGAGGAGUGCGCACUAUUACUUCUUGAAGCGAUGACAUCGCAGAGCAAGACUCCGCUCUCCAGUAACACUGAGACCGAGAGGUGGCAAGUUCCCAACCACCAAGGCUUUACGCCACUGCACUUUGCAGCCGCGAACGGGUUGCUUCGUGUGUGCGAGGCCUUGCUGUCAGCUCUAAAAGACCAGCAGAAUAGCCUUGAAGACGAGGUACUGGCGGCAGCUUUUGUGAAUGCCCGGGCUGGAGCCCGACGAGAGAGCGCAUUACUCCACGCAGUUCGGAAACGACAGCAUGAAGUGGCUCGACUACUGUUGGAAGCGGGUGCGGAUGCAGAGCUUGCCGACCGAGGCGGGAACACCGCGACGCAGGUGCUUGCUCGCAAUAAGCAAGAUGCACUGCUUCUAUUGUGCGAGGCCGCCAUCAGCAAAUCGCAGCGUCAGCUUUCGAGAGAGUCCCCCACCGUGGAAGGCAUACUCCUCUCCACAGAUUCCGGACCACACAAAGAAGAAGAGCUUCGAUCAGCCGAGUCUCACGCUCCGGACGCCAGUGCAGAGCUGUUUUGA